ACUCCGACUGACGGGAUGACGGAGCGCUUGGGCGGCCGCCUGACGGACUGAGCGAGGCCGAGCCGCUUCUCCGCUUCGCUCCGCUCCUCGGCGGGGCCGCAGCCAGCUCCAGCUCCCCCAGACCCCGAGGCCCAACCGCCCCCGUGCCCCCUCCCGUGAGGCAGACCUGCCCCCUCCAGGCAGGAUAAGCCCGCUUUCCUUCACCUCAUUCAGGUCACCCCCUUGAAACGCCCCCCCUCUUUUUCCCCUUCGUCCCUCUCCACCAUUCCCGCAGGCCACCCAGUUUGGAGCUGCUGCCCCUUCCCUGCCCAGCUUCAUGCAACCAGACGCCCGCUAAGGUCCCUCACCCCUUUCCUGUGGCCUCCUUGUUGGGCCCCAAGGCAGGCCCCCAACAUAGAUUCCCCAAAUCAGAUCCCCCACAUUUAGAACUCCCCAGGUCAGAACUCCCUUCUUCAAUCAGAUCUCCCAGAUUUAGACACUCCCCAGGUCAGGGACUGCCGCCCCCCCCCCCUCAAUCAAACCCAUCAAAUUUAGACAUCCUCCAGGUUAGAACUCCUUCCUUUAGUCAGAUACCCCAAAUUUAGACAGCCCCCAAGUCCGACCCCCCCACCCCAUUAGUCUUUGAGGCAAGAAAUUUGUUCCAAAUCUCUUGCCUUGGCUGACACCAUUUAGACUGCCUUGUCCACCAGUCCUGAAUCAUCUCCAGCCUCUUCAGCCAUGGCCCUGUUUCACCGUUUGGCCAGUUACUUGCAGGAUCCGGAGAAAGUUGCCCAUUUCCAAAGACUGUGUGGUGUGGAGGCUCUUCCAGAUUGGCGUUCUGGCUCCUUGGAAGAGGCUCAAGAAAAAAAGAGGUCUGAAGUCUUCUUGGUCAACGGGAGCAGCCCUGUGCCUCAGGCAGAUGGUGAAGGUGAUGGACGCCGCCGGUUGCGAGGUGCUUUGGAUGCUGGGGAGAAGGGUGAUGGGUGGCACUCGAAUAGCAUGAAGAAUGGAGUAGUUUCUGGAGAAGCCUGUGUGGCAGAAUCCCAGCAAGGGCCUCAGCAGGAAGGGAAGAAGCAGAGCUGGAGUGCGAAGAAGCAGCCCCGGCGCAACUCUCUGGUGGGGGAAUCCGUGUGCCAAGCUUUCAGAAUCCACAGCCACUUCCUCUAUUACCUGUUCACACUGGGCACAGAGUUGGGCAACGAACUCUUCUAUAUACUGUUUUUCCCUUUUUGCAUCUGGAAUGUGGAUGCUUGGAUCGGCAGGAGGGUUAUUAUAAUUUGGGUCUGGGUCAUGUACUUGGGCCAGUGUACCAAGGACAUUAUCCGCUGGCCGCGGCCUGCCUCUCCUCCAGUGGUGAAGCUGGAGGUCUUCUACAACUCUGAGUACAGCAUGCCCUCCACCCAUGCUAUGGCAGGCACUGCCAUCCCUUUAACUCUGCUUCUGCUCAGCUACGGACGGUGGCAGUAUCCAGUGUUAUACGGGCUGGUUCUUGCUGUCUGCUGGUGCUUACUGGUUUGCUUUAGUCGAGUAUAUAUGGGAAUGCAUUCAAUUCUGGAUGUCAUUGCUGGAUUCUUUUAUGCUAUUCUGAUCCUGGCUGUCUUCCUUCCAGUUGUGGACCUAGUUGAUAGCUUCAACUUAACCUUCAAGUACGCUCCACUAAUCAUCAUCAGUCUUCAUCUUGCCCUGGGGAUUUUCUCCUUUACUCUUGACACCUGGAGUACAUCACGAGGGGACACAGCUCAGAUCCUUGGCUGUGGAGCAGGAGUUGCUUGUGGUUCUCAUGUGAACUACUUGCUGAAAUUUGUUUCAGAUCCUUCCCCAGAAGCACUGCCCUUCACAGUUCCCUCUCUCACGGUGACUGCCCUUGGAAAAUGCAUGUUGCGGUUGUUGAUUGGAGUGGUAAUUCUGCUGCUAACAAAAACGGCCAUGAAGAAAGUCACCAUCCCACUGGCCUGCAAAAUCUUCUGCAUCCCUUGUAAUGAUGUCCGACAAGCCCGGCAGCGUAUGGAAGUAGAACUGCCUUAUCGUUAUUUUACCUAUGGAAUGGUGGGAUUCAUGCUCAUAUUCGUCAUUCCUUCCCUGUUUCGUGUAAUGGGACUUUCUUGAUGGAGGCAUUUGCUUGAUGUGAGAAGGGAGGCGGACCAUUAACAUUUUUCAGAAAAGGUGCACUAGUUGAGAGAUGCAGAGAAGUCGCUGCUGAAAUAAUAUAUGGCAAGCAAAGACAGCUCAAAUCUUGGCUCUUAAGACCUAGAAGCUUCAGGUCCCUGGAAAACGCCAUGUGUAGUCUUACAAAAGGGGUAACAAACUGUAAACAUGCCGUGUGUGUGUGUGUCUAUGUUUGUAACGCAUAUAUACUGUUAAUGCCUCAGACUAUAAAUGUACCUCCCUUUCUUUGGAUGUAUUAAAGCAGGUAUGUUUAUAGCUGAUCCAAAAGUUUGAGCUGUGGUCAUUUUAAGCCAUUUCAUAUUAAGUUAUUUGUGUCUUUGGGCCACUUUUAUGUAGGAAAACUAUUCCAAUGGACCAACACUCUAAUGAAAUCUGGCUUAGAAAAAUGAGUGUUCCAGAUGUGUGUUCAUAUUCUAAAAUAACAUUUAAAUUGUGGAUACAAAACAGUUAGAUUUGGAUACUGUAUAUUUUGCUUGAUCCUUGUGCCUUUCUGUUGUUAAAGUAAAAAGCACCAUAUACUGUGAUGUUUAUACGAGAAAGCCCAUUAUUUUAUUUUAAAAUUAUACUGAAUUAAGCAGAUAUUUUAAAAUGUAGUUAGUCAUAUAACUAAUAAGGAUAAAGAUUUUAUCUUGUAUUUUAAAAGUAUGAAAAUGCAGGAAGCAGAAACUUAUAUUGGGAUUUAAUAGCUGUGAACAGAUGCUUAAGUCCUUUUUAUAGAUAUUUUUAAGCACAUUGUAUGUUAUUGGAAGAACAUAUAUUUUUCUGCUGAUUUAUUGUGUAAUAUAGACUUAUUUUGUUCCAAAGAAAGAGUUAAAAAUUACAAAUUUAAGCCAUGUGAAUGUUCGCUGUAAAUUGAUCCCCCCUACAUUCAGUUUCUUUCUGACGGAUCAGUUUUAACAGUAGAAAUUUCAGUAGAAACAGGCACAAAACUUGCAUAUUAUAAAUUGUCAAUUCUGCUUCCCAGUUAUUAGACUGCUGCAUUGUAUGGUCAAGACUAUGGCCAGCUGUCCUAUGGAAAUUGGGUGCUUUGGUAUCAGUUUUGGUUUUGAAAAAUCCCUCAGAAUGACCAAAAGAAAUGUCUUGAUGAAGGCUAUAUACUGGAUCAAAGUGAGGUUGCCCUAGCUAGGUUGUAGACAACAAGAAAUAAUGGAGAGGUCCUUGUGUCAGCAAGGCUGCCUAAUGUGGCUUGUGGUCCCUGGGAUCUCUGGAGAUCAGCCUCCAGCAGCCUAGGAACAAAAACCUUAUUAGCUCACCUUGCUGGAGAGCAAAGUCUGACUUGCCCAGAUCUGAGCAAAGGCUAGCCAGUGGUAAAGCGGAGCCUUUGGCAAACACCAGAAUUAACCAAAGCUUAAACCGAGAGUUUGUGCAUCUCUGGGGAACCUUCCGUCUUUCACAACAUACUUUUUUUUUGCCAUUUGUAAAAUAUGACUGAAUGUUCAAGACUGACUUUCCCCAUGACUUUUAUUUUAUUUUAGCGACAUGACUUUUUUUUUUUUAAGUUGGCCAAUACAUGGUUAAAUCAGCCAUAAAAUUCAAUAGGUCAUUUUGCCAUUAAGCACAAUGGGCUGUGGUUUGCUACUUCUGACUCUGUAAUAUUUGAAUGCUGAAAUAAGACAUGGGUGAUUUUGUGAACCUUAUGGAGUGUUGACACAGUUUUUAAAUUUGGAAUGGGGUAGAAGCAUACUGUUUUGCUGUGUUCUUCUGCGGGGUGGGGUGGGGAUAGAUUUGAAUUUGGAAUUGGAUUCUUUAUUUUGUUAUGAACUCAGCCUUGUACUAUAAUAAACUAACAGUUUAGGAAAACAGCAGGAUUUGUGUCCAGUGGCACCUUAGAGACCAACAAGAUUUUCAGGGUAUAAGCUUUCGAGAGUCAGAGCUCCCUUCUUCAGAUACUUCAGUGCUUUGACUCUCAAAAGCUCAUACCCUGAAAAUCUCAGUCUCUAAAGUGCCACUGGACUCCAAUCAUACUGUUCUGCUGCAAACCAAGACAGCUAUAUAUCUAAAGCUUAGGAAAAGGUACUGCCUUUCUAUACAUUGCCUGCUGUGGCGAGCAGUAAACCAUCCUUCAGUCCAUAGAUCCGGAGAUUUCUCCCAAUGUACAUUGUGAUGAUACACUGCUACAGAUGUGUUCUGAAGUAUACCACCUUGGUCCAGCUAGAGAAAUGGGAGGGGUGUGUGUGUGUGUGUGACUCGCUUUUUGUUUGAGGUGCAGUUCUGCAUGCCUCACAGUAUACUCUGUUGAAACUGAGGGACAAUACAAAAGCAGUUUGUAGCAGGAAUGAGUCUGCUAGUUGAAGGAAAGAGGUUGGCCCCAUUCCCUGGGAGUUGUGCAAGUCUCUCUCGCCUGAGCCAAGGCAGCCUUUUAAAAUCUUGGUUAUCAAUCAGUUGCAAACAGCUAACUUCAUUUUUUUUAUCAGCUGCUAAAGGGGAAUUUGCUUACAAAUAAGUAUCUAAGUAUUGGUGCACUUUUCCUUUCAGUUCUGUAGACUGCGAUCCUGUGCCUGCACAUUACAGAAUAAAUCCCAUUGAAGACAGCGGUGUUUACUUUUGAGUCAGCAGCAUCUGUAACUUUGCACCAUUGGGAUAAGUAUUUGCUGAAUGUGCAUUAAAAGGGGAAAAAAAGCUUUGGAGGGAACUCAAAUAGUUAUGAUGCUUUAAAACUAGAAAAUUCUCAGUAACCAGCUGGGAGAUUUUCCCUUUCAUAUAUCCCUGCGUAGUUAACAGUGGUGAGGAUCCUAGUAUUUAGAGAACUUGCCUCCCUUUACAUUUUCAUUUAAUGCACUUGGCUUUUCUAAUAAAGAAUGUUAACGUGAAUGGUAGAAAGGGCUGUACAGGGAAUGGCUGUUCUAAGUGAAUAACUUGCAGUCCCAUGUGGGAUUUCUUCUUCAAGUUUGACCAAUGUAACCAAGAACGCAGAAAGAAAUAGUUUUGCUGAAAGAGCUAAUUUCAGUGGGCGCGUGGUAAUGAGCAGUCUGUCUCCAGAGGUUAUUUUUUUAAUUGCACUGUAGCACAUUCUACUGUUACUCUGUAUAUUAUUUUUAAUGCUGCCUCCAGCCUUUCUCAAAAUGUGAUUCCCAUUUGCAUUUUUAAUUUAGUCUCUAUUAUAGAAGUUUUUGUUUAAAUUGGACUUGAAUGCCCUAACCAUUGAUCACUAGUAUAUCUAUACGAUUUGAAAAUAAAAUGAAAUGCUAGAA